ACGAAAGAGGAUAUUUUAAAUAAUGUUGGUUAACAAACAUCUGACGGUAGCCACUGGCUUCCAUAGUAGGAAACAAAAUACUAUGGAAGUCAAAGGCUACUGUCAUCAACUGUCUGGUUACCAACAUUUUUUCUAAAUAUCUUCUUUUGUGUUCAACAGAAGAAACUCAUACAGGUUUGGAACAACUUAAGGAUAUCCUCUGACAGGAGCUGAUUUUCCUGCUUUAAAAGUUUAGUGUCAGUCUGGGUGUCUCCCACUCCCACAUCUGCCUUUGAACAUCUCCACUGAAGACCAGCCAGAGCACCGACCAGACAUCCGCUGCUUCAGUCAUCAUGUUCAAUUAUUAACGGCAAAGGCCAUGUUUGAACUGUGUUUCUCAUUAUGAUAGUGAUUUUUCAUUGAUAUUAUUAUCUUUUAGUUAUAAAACGCACAGAUCAGAAGAUCUCGUUUGCAUCGGUCGGAGGACAAGUCAAUGAGUUAAACAAAACCAAAACCAAAAGAGAAGAUCAUCUGGUGAUAACCUAGGAGGAUUUUAUUGGACAGUUUCUUGGAACAGCAGCACACUCAUGGAAAUUCCAGUGACUCGUGCCUUGGUUCUCCUGCUGUUUUUUGGUGGGGUGUGCUUUGUAGAGGCCCGCAAGGAAGCCUCCAACGCGGACACUUCCAAGGGUGAUGAUGUAAGUCACAAAAGACAGUCUCGAGAAUCAGAGAAUAAGCCGAGCCGCUGUUCCUACACCUUCAUCGUACCUCAGCAGAAGUUAACUGGGGCGCUUUGCGUGAGCACCGAGACGGCACGUGUCAACCGCUCUGAGAUGGCGUCCCUGCGUGCACUUCUGGACCGGCAGCAGGAACAGCUGGAUACAAUGCGUGGCCAGCUGGAGCUGGAAGGCGCACUGGCCAAUGAAAUGAGAGUUCUGCGCAGGGAGAGCGUCAGCAUGAACGCCCGCAUCACGCAACUCUACGCCCAACUGCUGAACGAGAUCAUCCAGAAGAAGGAUCAGACUUUGGAGCAGCGGCGGCUUGAAAGUUUGGUGCUUAACGCGACAUCCCAGGUGUUUCAGGUGUCCAGCAGUUACAGAGACCUGGAAAAGAAGUAUGACACACUCACUUCUCUAGUGAGCAACCAGAGCCAGCUAAUCACACACCUGGAGAAACAGUGCCAGCUCAAGAAUCCUGCUAAAGCACUGCAGGAAGCCACAUCAUUUCCGACAAGUGGUUUGGUGGACAUGAACACAGAGACUAAAGAAGCUGUCAGCAAUUUCCAAAGAGACCAAAGUGCCUCUUUGCAAAAGGAACAGAGUCCUCAAGAACUGCUAGAGAAGUUUGAUGACUCUCCCAGUCCGCCAACAGACACACCUUUCAUCAGUUACGCCGUGACUAAAUCUCCAGGGCCGUGGCAUGACUGUCAUCAUGUGCUGGAGUCAGGAGAAAAGACCAGCGGCAUCUACCUGCUGCGACCACGCAACACUAACCAUCUGCUGCAGGCCUGGUGUGACCAGAGCAGAGCUGAAGGUGGCUGGACCGUCAUCCAGAGGAGACAGGACGGCUCAGUCAACUUCUUCAGGACCUGGGAUCAGUACAAGCAAGGCUUUGGGAAUCUGGAUGGAGAAUACUGGCUGGGUUUGGAGCACCUGCACUGGCUCACCUCUCAGGCCACCUACAAGCUGCGAGUAGCUAUGGAAGACUGGCAAGGACGACAGGUGUUUGCAGAGUACGACAGCUUUCAGGUGGAACCGGAGAGUGACUGGUAUCGUCUACGGUUAGGCAGUUACCAAGGCAGUGCAGGAGACUCCCUCUCUUGGCACAACAAUAAAGCGUUCACCACUCUGGACCGUGAUAAGGAUGCCUACUCAGGUAACUGCGCUCAUUACCAAAAGGGCGGUUGGUGGUACCACAUGUGUGCCCACUCCAACCUGAAUGGUGUGUGGUACAGAGGCGGCCAUUACAGAGGUCGAUACCAGGAUGGUGUGUACUGGGCGGAGUUCCACGGAGGCUCAUAUUCCCUAAAGAAAGUGGCAAUGAUGAUCAAACCCGCCUAAGCUGAACCAAAACAACUCAGCAGAGCAGAGACCUUUUCUACACAAAGAUGUGACAAUGAGCACUAAAUGUUCUUGUGGAGCUUCAGGUUGUUCCAUUGCCAAUAUAGUCUUGAAGUUUUCCUAAUGUUGUUAAAACAAAGACAUGAUUUGAAUAUGUCUGAUGCAGUUUUGUAUUUUGGUAUAUAUGCAUUGGACUGCAUUGUGUUAAAAUGUCUUAUUUUUGGAUAAUUGCGUAUAAAAUGUACAAAUUUUUAGUUACUACCAGAGUAUCAUCCAGACUACUUUCUAUUUUUUUCUUCAUUCCUUUAAAUAAAAGUAAAACACUAUUACAGUA